AUGGAACAAAAUUAAAAAAACAUUGCCUAGUAAAUUAUAAAUACAACUGCAGCACCAUAAUUUUAGGGAAUAGGAAAUUAAAAUAUGCAGCAAUUAAAUUAAGCAGCAGCCUUAACAAGCUAAUAAUAGCAAGAAAUAGAGCGCUAAGCUGAGGAAAAAAUGAUACGUAGACCUUUAAUGAGAUCUGAUAGCUAAACUGAUAGUGAUAAAAGUAGUGGCCAUGAAAGAAGUUCUUCUAGUUCUAAUAAUAGCUAAGAUAAUAUUGGAUAACAAGCUAAUACAUAACUUAAAUAAAAAGAUUCUACUCACAAUCACCAAUGCAAUGAUCACAAGCAUUCUCAUAAUCAUUAACACCAUCAACAUGAUUAACAUAGCAGUCAUUCUCAUGGUCACCAAAGAUAGCUUAGCAACUCAUAAAAUAGCAGAAACUAAGUUUUAAAUAAUUAAUACUAAAAUUAAGCUUAAAAUUAUCCUCAAGGCACAAUUCAAGAAAGCAGACAGCAACAAAAAUUAAAUGCAAUAUUGAAUACUGAAAGCUAAAAUGAUGUACCUUUAAAUAACAGGUAAAGCUCUCUGAAUGAAGAAGAAAAAUAAAUUUUAGAAGAUAUUUACAAUGAUAAAAUUGAAUAAAUGCAAUAAAAAAAUGAAAUAACUUCUGCUGAAUAUUCAUAAAUGCUUAAAGCUUCAUUUAAAAAUUGCUUCCACUCAUCAAAUCUUGAGAAUUUAGAUUCCUAAUUCAAAGAACUUUAAUAGCUAAUAAGUGAAAUUUAAAUAUGUGAUAUGUAGGUAUUAGAUGCAGCUUUUUUCAAGAAAGUAGUGCUAUUAGCAUAAAUGGAAAACCCUAAGAGAUGCCUUAAGGUUAUCUAUCUCUUCUACUAGCUAUUUAACGAUAAAAUAAUUUUAAAGCAUCUUUUAAAACUUGCAGAUUAUAAUAGGCUUAUUGUUGACAUAAUAAAUUCAUAUUAUAUUUUGCUAGAAAAGUUUAAAAACACAAAAUUAGAAAUAGAACUAAAGAUUUCAUUUAACAACUUACAAAAUAUUUUGGACAGUUAAGGUCAUUAUGAGGAAUUCAAACUUUUAAUUGAACAACAAACUACUCUACAAAGCUUAGAUUCUAUUGAUCUCACAUCUGAUCAAAAAGAAAUCUUUGAAACAAUUAAGCACUAUUCCAAACUAAAAGAAAUCUACCAUAAGUAAGAAGCCAUCAAGUAUAUCGUACUCCUUUUAGGUAAAUGCGAAACAGUCAUUUAGCAAUACAAAAUUUUAGUGCACCAUUUAUCCCCAAUAUUCCUUGAGCUAAGCAAUGCUAACUAUGAAAAUAACGAGUCUAAAGUUAUUUAUGUUAAUUAAGUCCUUGAUUUGCUUGAUAGAUACAUUUUCCCAAUAGAAUUCUUAAUAAAUUUUGACACAUCAAGAAUCUAAGGCAUUAAAACUUAUUACCUGAAAAAUCUUAAACACAUUGUUUAGUACUUUUAGAAGCUUUACACACUAGUUGGUGGUUUCCUAAACUCGGUUUUAUUGAUGCCCCAAGAAAUUUAACUAAAUCUUAGAGCUCUCUUUAUGAUCAGAAGAAUGUAUUACUUCUUUUAUGACGAUUCUCAAAUCAGAAAACUUAUGGAAGGACCUAUUAUAGUAAUUCUCAGCAACUUAGCUCUUUUCACUAAAGACGUAGUACAAAAAAAAGAACCUACAUUAUUUUUGCAUAAAUUAUUAGAUGAUUAAAAUACUCUUCCUUCUCUAAAAGAAAAACUUGAAUAGAAUGAAUAUAUAAAAACUCUUAAAGAAAAUAAAUAUUUUGGGGUAAUGGCUAAAUGCUAUCCAUAAGACAUAGAUGUAUAAUACAACUUCAAAAGUUUAAACUUCUAAGUGAACUACCCUGUUUAUAGAAAGAUUGAUGCUGGUUCAUUCUACUACUAUAAUAUCUUGGUAACAAAACAAGAUACUAUCAUUUAUUGGAGCUUUAAAACUCUUAAUUAUGAUAUUAAAUUUGGUCUUUUCAAAAUGGAAACUUUAAGCAACGAAUUGCAGAUAGACUCCUAUGAAGAAGAAAAGUAAAUAAAAGCAAUUGUUAAAUUAUAAAAAGCUGACUCACAUAAAGAACCUGUUAUGGCUUAUUCUUUGGUUAGUUUGCCUGGGUAUUACAGAAUAGUAUUCGACAACACCUACUCUUAUUGGAGAGAAAAAGAGUUAUUAUAUACAAUUCAAGUAUUAGAACCUUGA